UGUAGAUGUUAACACUAGAAGCAGGUUGCAGCCAGUAGCACCUAAAACCACUGUACAGCUCGGACUGAGAACAGGAAGCCAUUUCGUCUUGUGAUCAUGCAGUCCUGCGUUUUGUGGCUGCUGUUUGCAUUGACAGUUUGUGAUGCGAAUUUUCCCCCACCGGUGGUGAACAUCAGUCUAGACGAGGUUCCGGAGGUGAGAUGGUGGCCGCUGAAAAACCUCUAUAGUAAAGAUUUCUUACAGAAAGCAGCUGCUCAGGUCAUCGAUUCUACCAUUCCAGCAUGGGUUCACCAUGCUAUCAAACCUGUGGUGAGAGCUCUGGAGAGGUUUACCCCUCAGCCCUACGCUGGUGAGAUCAGGGGCAUGGCAGAUUUAUAUGGCUCUGACAUCUCCGACAUCCUCAUGCUCAACUUUGCCUAUGAAGUUUCUGCAUUCUGCACUAGUAUUGUGGCUCAAGGCACUGAGGGAAAAAUCUAUCAUGGGCGAAACUUGGAUUACCCACAUGAUGUUCUGAAGAAUCUUACGAUUGAUGUUCAGUUCAUCAAAAAUGGAGAAGUGGCCUACAGAGGCACAACUUUUGCUGGUUAUGUCGGGUUAUGGACCGGGCAAAGUAAGAACAAGUUCACUGUGACUGGGAAUCAGCGAGAUAAAGGCCACUGGUGGGACAACAUCAUCUCAGCUGUCCUUUUAAAGAAUUCUCCAGUUAGCUGGCUAUUAAGAGAGACCCUUGAGGGUGCCUCAGACUUCCUGAAUGCAGUCAUACUGUUGUCUAAAACACCAAUCAUCACUGAUGUGUACUACAUUGUGGGUGGUGCUUAUCCAGGAGAGGGUGUGGUCAUCACUAGGGACAGGAAUGGCCCUGCAGAUAUUUGGCCUUUGGAUACGCUUAAUGGCAACUGGUACAGAGUUCAGACAAACAAUGAUCACUGGCUGCCCCCACCCAGACGAGACACUAGAUUAGAGGUGGCUAUGAAAGUAUUGAAUGCUACAGGUGAAAAUAACAUGAAUGUGAGCUCUCUUUAUCAGGUUUUAUCAGUGACUCCAGUGUGCAACAGCAUAACAGUCUAUACUACAGUGAUGAAUGCAGCUGCCCCAGAGGAGUACAGAACUGUGGUGAGAGAGACAUGUGGUGAGUCCAAUAUGGCAAAGUUCAACGGUCUAAACUAAAACCCUCACCAAACCUACAGUAUUUCAUAUUUCUAACAUACAGCAGGACAUUUUGAAUAAGGCAAUUUAUAUAAACAAUGUUUACAAUCCUACAGGAAUGAACUGUAUAUGUAGCAGUGUUGAUGUCCAUUGUGCACUAGUGGAUUUAUAAUUGUUGUAAUGGUUUAUGAUUGGUGCUAAUGUUAAUUUAUUUGUAAAUUUCAAAUUGUUAUUAACAAUAACUUUGUUAUUAUCUAACAUUAAAUGUGCACCUAACCAACAAGAUCAAUACAUUUUAAUAUACUAAUUUAGUUUUGUCUUGUUAAGUAGUGGCACAUGUAAUGUAAUGUUGGAGUGUGUUCAUGUAAUAAGUCAGUCAGUGAGACUGGUUCAAGCACAAUUUAUGUUUUGUACAAUGGUCAUGAGCUUUGAAUAGCAAUUAAAAGAAUGAAAAGCUGUGAGUACGAGUGAUGGGAAUGAGAUUCCUACACAGGUUUAAAGGGCUUACUCGCUGUGAUAAGGUGAGGAGCUCACCAGUCUGGGAAAGCCUUAGUGUCAGAAGCCAUUUUAUUAGCUUUGGGUGCUGUACAAUGAUGCCUCCUUAUCAGGGACAUCCCACUGCAAAAAGGUGUAAAUUUAAACAUAACAUACUAGUUAGUAGAUUGUGAAUUAAUGUGUGAUUGGAGCCGGACCCAGCAACUUUAAGCAACAUAACCCUGAGAACAGUGAUGAAAAAUACUUUUUUUUUCCUUCUAUGUCUUGUUGAGAAGUGAACUAAUAAAACAACUGGAAUGUA